AUGGUAACGUUGACUUUGUUGUGCUGUCCUACAUCAUCAUGCACUCCGACGCGAUCAGUGGCGAUGAGACGGUUUCAACGUCGGGCAUUGCCACUUGAUCCCACGGUGGAGCAACAUGACACGGUUGGGGAGUCAGCCGCUUCAUCUGGCAGUGUCGCACGCCCUCCGCCGGAGCUUUUACGGCCGCCUUCAGUCUUCAAUUUCCAACCGCCGCCCGGUUUCAACUUCUCCAACAUCCCACCUGAAUUUCACAGGCCUCCACCAGGCUUCAAUUUCCCGCAACCGCCUGACGGAUACAACUAUGCACAAUCGUUGUCUGCGCCGUUGACUCCACCUCCGGGCUUUAACUUUUCGACGCUUCCAGCCGGCAACCUUUCACAUCCCCCACCUGGAUUUUUUCCUCCACCGCCGCAGGCCAAUGAUCAAUCACCGCCCGGGUUUAAUACAUCCUCACCACAGCCUAAUUUCCAACCACCACCGGACUUUAACUUUUCAAAUAUUCCAGCAGAGCUCCUGCGGCCUCCGUCGGGAUUUCACUUUCCUCCACCGCCUCCAGGGUACAACGACACACAACGUUCGCCCAGCUCUUUGACGCCUCUGCCCGGAUUCAACUUUUCGAGCCCGGGUCUUGGUGGUUUUCCUCCGCCGGGCUUUAACUUUCCACCUCCGCCACCCGGUUACAACUUCACAGCUCAGUCGGGAAACUCGUAUCCCCAGUUCUUUCAGCCGCCGCCAGGUUUCAACUUCCCAAAUCAAAGCUUCUCAGCUACGUCAAACAAUAGUUUUCCAGAGCCUUCAGGCUUCGCUUUCUACAAUGGAACAUUACCACCCGGCAGCAAUACGGGCAGCGGUUCGUACGGCUGGUGUUGUCCACCAAUCCCACCGCCGACAACGACCCCUGCACCGCCGCCUGUUGGUCCUUGUGGAGGGUAAGGUUAAAACUCGAAGUUACAUAGCUUAAAAUUCCAAAUAAUAUAUAUCACCAUUUUAGGUGCCCUUGGUGUUGCGGCGGCACGACGACGACCAAAGCCCCGGUAACGACUACAACCACCCAACCUCCACCAACUACAACUCCGGCACCUCCGCCGCCGCCGCCGCCGCCGCCGCCGCCGCCGCCGCCGCCGCCUCCUCCUCCGCCUCCGGCACCAGUUGGACCGUGUGGAUGGUGCCCGUGGUGUUGUGGCGGUUAUUACCCUCCACAACCUCCGACAACAACCUCACCACCUCCGCCUCCUCCUCCACCGCCACCGCUACCGGUAGGACCUUGUGGAUGGUGUUGGUGGUGCUGCUACUAUCCGCCCCUUACGACCACAGCCGCUCCUACCACCACUACCACAACCGCGAAACCGACAACAACGACAACUAAAGCGCCGACAACAACGACCACGGCCCAACCAACGCAUAUUUGCGGUUAUUGUUGGUGGUGUUGCUAUUAUCCUCCACAACCUCCGACGACAACACCGCCACCUCCGCCGCCACCGCCUCCACCUCCGCCGCCACCACCGCCACCGCCGCCACCUCCGCCUUCACCGCCGGUAGGUCCUUGUGGAUGGUGCUGGUGGUGCUGCUACUAUCCGCCUUUCACAACAACAUCAGCCCCCACAACUACCACCACAACCGCGAAGCCGACUACAACGACAACCAAAGCGCCGACGACAACGACAACCGCAACACCAACAAAUCCAUGUGUUUCCUGUUGGUGGUGCUGCUAUUAUCCGCCGCAAUCGCCAACAACGACGCCGCCGCCGCCUCCUCCUCCACCUCCUCCGCCGCCACCACCAGUAGGACCUUGCGGAUGGUGUCCUUGGUGUUGUGGAGGUGUUUACCCUCCAUUCCCUACGACAACAACCACCCAAGCUCCCGCAACAACCACAACGACCGCUGCCACAGUGACGACAACUGCAGCUCCGGUAGGGCCUUGUGAAUGGUGCCCUUGGUGUUGUGGAGGUGUUUAUCCUCCACAGCCUCCGACAACAACCCCGUCGCCUCCUCCUCCAUCUACUUCGCCGCCACCUCCACCUCCUCCAUCUACUCCGCCGCCAGUAGGACCCUGUGGAUGGUGUCCUUGGUGUUGCGGUGGGGUUUAUCCCCCUCAGCCCCCAACAACCACCGCUGCUCCUACACCUCCACCAUGCGGGUGUCCCACUUGUUGCGGCGGAAGUUAUCCGCCCUUCCCCACCGGAUUUUCUGGGCUUCCUGGCGCUGCUGCCCCUCCUGGCUCGGCUGCGGCCUCUGGAUCCUCCACACCUCCUGGAUUCGCGUAUCCAUGGUUUUCCAAUCACUCCGACUGGGCUGAAAUCCUGCAACAUGUCCGCAAACCGCAGCGAAGUCCCACCGAGCCAAGCGAAAGCGAUAAAUUGGCCAUAAAAGACUUGAAAGAGGAUCUAAUCAGAAAAGACCCCAGUUAUUAUUGGUACCCUCGAAUUCCAUGGCUUAUUGAUUUUGCGCCUAUAACGUCCACCUCAACUACCACCACAUUAGAGCCGAAAGAAAUUCCGUUUCAUCCAAAACUGCUAGCGCUACAAGUGGCAACUCCAACGCCAAUUGUAACCCCAGUUAAACCAGUGAAAAGCUCGGUGUAUCAAAGGGAUAUGGACUCGAUUGAAGGGAAUCACGUGGAUUCCGGUAUUCCCGAAAUGGAAGACGAGGGGAAUGAAAAGAAAUUGGGAAGGGUCGAAAAUGGUAAGUUGUAAGAAUAAUGUUAGUAUCUCCGACUAUUGCUUUCAGCCACAAAAGGCCUGGAAAUUGUUGGAGUCUCGGAAAACUCAAUCGUCUCGUCGCAGCCAGCUAAACCAAUUGUAUUUCCGGUUGAAUCGCCUGUGAAAUCGCAAGGUGUAAGUUUAGAAACGGGAUAGAUGUCCAUGCACUUUAUGAAAACACUAAUAAACGGUUGCCGUUUCACGAAAGUUCAUUUUACAGAACUUUUACUAUAUAUGAGCAUUUCAGUCACAAUUUCCAUUCCUGACCAACAGCGCGGAAGUUGAAGAAAACAACAACCAUAGUCGCACCUUCGAAAACUCAACGAUGGACUGGCCAUAUCCGACCGCUUAUCGAAUAAUGUUGCCAAACGAAUAAUGUUGCGUAGCGCAAUUAAUAAUUCGAGCCAUCUUCUUGUUAUCAUAAUGUCAUCAGUUGAGGUGACUUUCAAUAAAUACAUCAUAUUUCAUCCGACAAGGCCUUCAAGUGCGACGCUGAUACUUUCUUUAAACUUUGUAUACAUUUCGGGGAUAGGCCGCAAAUCGAUUUCCUAAAGUUUUAGCGCGGGCUUUCCGAGGUGGCCGAAACAAAAUGCAAAAAAGAGUGUGAUCAGAGAGAAAAAUAGUCUUUUGGUCAUACCUUUGAGACCGCAUGUUGCCAGUUCUGUGCGGAAGAAAUCUGUUUUUGUGAAACAUAACCAAAGUUAUUCAAAAUUCUAGUUUGGGCUUUGCAGGAACGGCCAAGAAUUAUCAAAGGUCGUUGCCGCUGAGAGAAAAAUGAAAAAAAGGAUUCGACUAGAAUCUCUGUGGUUUCUGCAAUGUCUAGCAUCAGUCUUAAAAAAAAUAUAAUCUGAAUUUGACCCAAGUUUCAUCACAAUUGCGUCGCAUUUGAGGUGCUUCCCUUGUAAGAAUUUUUUGUCAAGAUUUUCGCUUUCUGCAAAAACCGGAGUAAUGUUCUCCCUCCGGUUUUACAAAAGGCAUUGCCGAUAAAAUCUGGCUGUUUUCGCGGGAUAACUUCCGGAUUUUUGCGGGAAAUUGAGAAAAAAUUUUAGUCCGACGUUAUUUUCUGAUGAUUUUGUAUUGUCUACGGUGAAAUGCGUUUGAAUUCCGGGGAAUUUGAUUUUGCAAAUAUACAAAGGUUUUUUCAUUUACUUCAGUUCAAGCUACGGCGGAUAAAUCGGCGGCAAGGUGAGAAUGUUUUUUUUAUUUUAUUUUGCAAGGGAAGCACGACGCUUACCGGCAAAGUAUCCCAAGUGCGACACUGAGAUCUUGAUGAAACUAGGCAUAGAUUUAGGUUAAUUUUUUCUACGACAUAUGCGAGAAUCCGAGCUCUCGGCUUGCAGAAAUGACAGAGAUUUUUAGGUCGAAAGUUGGGAAAAAAACUGACACUUUUUUGACGUAAAAAGUUUUGUUUCUAUUUCUACCGUAGAGGGUAAUGUUUCCACAAAAAAUUUAUUUUUUCAGCGCGAAACUAGCAAAGAUACGGCCAAAAAAGUGUUUCUGACCGCUCUCCGCGUUCCGCGUACUUUCUCGGCCGCAAAGAUGAUUGAAUAUCGCGGCUGCUCUUGCAAAGUGCGAGCUAAAACUUUCAGGAGUUGAUAGAUGGCCUAUGCCUAACAUUUGUUCAAAAUUUGAAGAAAAUCUAAGCGUCGCAUUAUGAAUACUUCCCCUGUCAGCAAAAUUCAAAGUUUCGUAUUUUACAGCUCUUUUGAUCUUCUCAAUUUUCUUCAUUUCCUACCUGUUCUACACCGUCUUGCAUUACGAUGAAUCCUCUGCCGAGAAACCCCCACAAAUCCUCAAUUUUGAAUCCGACUUGCCGUUGGACACGUUCCAAAUGAAAUUUGCGAACAAACGACGAACCUACAAGAUGCUUAGGGCCGAUCCGAAGGAAUGCGAGGGAAAGGAGAUUGCGAUCAUGGUGAUGUCAACGGGUCACGAGAAUAGUGCCAAGUUGAGAGAGGCGAUGAGAAAAACAAUGUUCCAUGAAGUGAGUGGAAUAUCAUAAUAUUUUCCCGACAUACUGAUAUUUCUAUGUUAUUGUAAAUAACAUUUCAGAGCCCCAAAGUGCUGCACAAAUUUUUUAUCGGCUAUGACAAAAACUUUCCCGUCUCUGCCCUCCUCGACGAGAUGAACGAGUUCAAGGACAUUGUUUACUACGAUGGUAAAGGCGAUUACCGCAGCAACUACCUCAAAUGGUACGCAAUGUACCAAUGGCAUGCAACGUAUUGCCCAAACAUAAAAAUUUUUGUGAAGCUGGACGACGAUACGACUCUUUACCUACCGCGAAUGCAGCAAUGGAUCCAACGGGGAUUCAAUUUUGUGACGAAAAAAUUGGAUGACUACAUUAUUUGCCAGGUUUAUAAUGGAAUGCAACCGUUGCGGGUGAAGAGUAAUCAUUGGUGAGUGGUGCGGAGUGCAUCAAAAUAGGAGAGGGCUUCAAUUUGCGGCGCUAAGACUUUGACGAAUACUAGAAUAAUUUGCGCUCUGCAGAAACAACCGAGAUCUCUUUUCUCGCGUUCUUCUUGCCGCACAGACACGCGGACAGCGGUGAGAGAAAAGACCACUUUUUUGGCCGUUAUUUGCCAGUUGAGCAUGGAAAAAGAUGAUUUUUUAUGAAAGCAUUACCCCCUAGGUAAAAAAAUAGGUAGAGCCCUUUUAGGGCAGAAUUCGAAACAGAAGGCAUUUUCGCCAACUUUCGACCUAAAAAUCUCGGUGGUUUCUGCAAAGCGGGUGCUAGAAGUCUUGCAUAUUCAACGAGUUUUGCUGCCGAACGAGUACGCUAAACGCGGAGAGCGGUCAGAGAGAGAGAACACUUUUUGGCCAUAUCUUUGCCAGUUUCGUGCGGAAAAAAUUGAUUUUUCGAGGAAAUUUUACUCCCUAGAGUAGAAUAUCGCAUGAAACUUUUUUAUGGCAAAUCUCGAUGAAAAAGUGUCAUAUUUUUCCAACUUUUGACCUGAAAAUCACGCUCCUUUCUGCAAAGCGCGAGCUAGAAAUAUCGCAUAUACUUUUGAAAAAAUAACUUUAAAUUUUUGCCAAAUUUUAUCAAAAUCUGAGAGUCGCACUAUGGCAAUUUCUCUUCUCAAUUUUUCAACUUAUCCUUCAAAAAAAAUUUCUUUUUCAUUCAACUCAAAAAAAAAUCAAAAUUUUAGGUACAUUUCCCCCGCCGAAUACCCCCAUCGUUUCUGGCCCAGCUAUUGUGUCGGUUACUUUGUCUUGAUGCCCAAUUCCACAGUAAUCCAACUGCUGAAAGCCGCCGAAAAAGUGGACUGGUUCCCGAUGGACGAUGUUUUGUUGACCGGCGCCACUUCCGAAGCCGCCGAAAUCCCGGUCAUCGACUUUGAGGGGGUCCGUUCCGACCCGCGCCUCAAGUUAUGCACCAAAGACGGGUUGCAUUUCGCUUUCAUGCGACACAACUCGAAAUUUGCGCAUAUAAUCGAGGAGGAUCAUGAGUUUUUGAGGAAGUUGAAAUGCCCGACGAACCCGUUUGAGGAGGCUCAAUAA